AUGCCGUCCAUUCCUCAGGAGGUUACUCAUAAUACUCUUUUACCCCUUUCCCUUCCAGUGCAACCAGAGGCAUACGAAGGAGAUGAGUUCUUCUGUAUAUUUACCCCCCGCAUUCAUCGUGACAGCCAACUUGCCGAUGCUGGGUGCUGGCAAUGCCAGGAAGAUUUACUGGGCUCUCAAGGACGUGCCCAUACAGAAGCGGUUCGGAACAGAAGUAAUAAGAGCUAUGCAGUUGGCUGUAUCAAUCCUACCGUUGGCAACUUUACAGCUCUUUGUGCAAGUGAGGCAAUUCCUGAGCGUCUUGCUUUGAUCUCGUAUAUUGUUGAGUACGCUUACGUCCAUGAUGAUGUUAUUGAGUAUGCAGAAGAGAAAUCCGAGAAGCAGCUUUGGGAAGCUAAUCAUCAAUUGAUGGAAGGUCUCGAUGACGGUGGAGAUGCCCGGCUUUCUACGAGAAACAAUGUGAGAAGACAGCUACAAGCCAAAAUGGCAACGGAGCUAUUGGAAGUCGACAAGGACCAAGGCAAAGAAAUCCUUCGUCUUUGGAAAGAGAUGUCGCAAGUCUUUGUCGGAAUCAGAGACAUUGAUUUCCAUGUUCUGGACGACUAUCUCCCAUCUCGUGCUAUUGAUGCUGGAUGCCCGUAA